ACCCAUUGUGUGUUUGUUUGUUCAACUAUUUAAGCCCUUUGCACAAAGAAUUCAAAAGGCUGAUCAUUUGCAAAGGCUCAGAGAAAACAUGGGCUAUGAAAGAAAGCUAAUGAGAAACGUUAGCAGAGUUGAACCUCAAAAGCUAGGACUAGCUUUCGUUGUAGCAUGCUUUGUUUUCUCGAUGGCCUUUGUCUCUGUCACAAAGCUUGUGGGACUUCGGUUGAUGAACCCAAUUCAGGCCAUUAUAGUAGCUAAAGACUCUGGCAAUCCCCAGUUAUCAGAGAGCAAAUUGAAAAUCGAUUUGAAGGUCCAAAACAAUUCUCUGACUCAAUCUGAAUCUUCAAAUCAACAACUUGAAGAUAUCAAAGAUUUCAAGCAACCUGAGAGAAAAUCGAAUAUCGAUUUGAAGGUCCAGAACAAUUCUCUGACUCAAUCUAAUUCCUCAAAUCAACCACUUGAAGGUACCAAAGACUUCAAGCAACCAGAUGAAAUAAAUCUGCAAGAGAUAUCAAAACCAUUAUGUGAUUUCUCCGAUAAAAGAUCAGAUGUCUGCGAGAUACAAGACCAAGUUAUAGUCCAUGGAAAUUCUUCAUCUGUCUACAUCAUGAAUCCAAAACUACAAGAGUCAUAUACAAUCAAACCCCACGCUCGCAAAUUUGAUUCGACGGCAAUGCGUCGAAUAACAAAUAUAUCAGUGAAAGCUCUCUCAAACUAUGAUGACCCCUUCAAGUGUGAAGUCAAUCACUCUAUCCCUGCAAUAAUAUUUUCCACUGGGGGGUUUACUGGAAAUAUGUUUCAUGAGUUCACCGAUGUGAUCGUGCCUCUCUUCAUUACUUCAAGAAAAUACCAUGGAGAGGUUCAAUUUCUUAUAAGCGAGACUCGCCCAUGGUUCUUUAUCAAGUAUAAGCCAUACUUAAAAGCUCUAUCUCACUAUGAAAUCAUCGAUUUCAACAAGGAGGAAAGAGUACAUUGCUAUCCUAAUGCUGUUAUUGGGCUCAAAAGUCAUAAAGAAAUGAGCAUUGACCCGUUAAGAUCCCCUAAUGGGUAUUCUAUGGUUGAUUUCGCUCAAACAAUGAGGAAAGCUUACUCUUUAAAAAGAAAAAGUGCGAUAAAGCUAAAAAAUAGUCAAUCUAAGAAGCCCAGGCUUCUUAUCAUAGCAAGAAAAAGGACAAGAUCAUUCAAAAACAUUGAUGAGAUUGUACUAAUGGCAAAAGGGUUAGGGUAUGAAGUAGUUGUUUCUGAAGCAGACGUUGGGCUCGAAAAAUUUUCAAGAAUUGUAAACACGUGCGAUGUGAUUAUGGGAGUGCAUGGAGCAGGGCUCACAAAUAUAGUUUUUCUUCCGAUGAAUGCGAUAGUUAUACAAAUUGUUCCUUUGGGAGGAUUGGAGGGAAUUGCUAAGCUUGAUUUUGGAACACCAGCAUUAGAUAUGAAGCUUAAUUAUUUACAGUACAGUAUAACUGAGGAGGAGAGUACACUUACAGAAAUGUAUCCUAGAGAUCAUGCAGUGUUCAAAGAUCUCGGUUCUAUUCAGAGACAAGGGUGGAUGGCUAUAAGGAAGAUAUAUUUGGAUCAGCAAAAUGUGAGUCUUGAUGUUAACAGGUUUAAGGGGUAUUUGGAACAAGCACUUCAGUUUCUUCACCAGUAAGAGAAUAUUGAUUGAUUUUUUAUUUUGGGUUUUUUUUGCCCUGAUAGAAUUGAUAUUUGUUUUGUAUAGAUUAUGAGAGGAAUUGAUUCUUAUUGAGUAUACAUUUUUUUGAC